AUGGCAACUGAAGUAGCACAAUAUGUAAUUGAGCCUAAAAAGAAGAGCAAAGUGGCAAGCCAUUUGGAGCCAUGGCAGCAAUUGGAAGAGAAAGUGGUGUUUGUCACCGGUGCAUCGUCAGGGCUCGGCCGUGAAUUUUGCCUUGACCUAGCUAGGGUAGGCUGUAAAAUCAUGGCGGCCGCUCGUCGGGCGGACCGGUUGAAGUCCCUAUGUCAUGAAAUUAAUACAAUGUGUAGUUCAACUUCUCAAUUUAUUAGAGAAGUUGCUAUUGAACUUGAUGUUACUGCUGAUGGUCCAAAUAUUGAAGCAUCGGUAAAGAAAGCUUGGGAUGCUUUUGGCCACAUUGAUGUUGUUAUCAACAAUGCUGGUGUUAGAGCGAAGAGGGUUCGACUGAACUCCUUCCGUGCACCUAACUUCGCCCCUGCUAACAAAGUGCAUGCGUUCGUGGAGGAGAUCAAGGCUAGGGGACCAACAGAUUUUGCUAUUCUACCUGGUAGCAGCAAGGCAACAAGGCUUACUAAAAGGUUUGAGUUAGUUGUUGAGGAGAAUGCCAAGCUUCGAGAAGACAAUGAUGAGUUGAGAAAAGAAACCAGACAGCUUAGGGAAGAGCUUAGAAGGGACAUAGAAGCUCAUGCCCAACAGAUUUUCACCCUUGUGAAACUCUCACCCAUGAACCUUGUUCUUUCCCCAGUGUCUUUAUAUUAUUUUGUUGUCCCAGUGAUGCUUUAG